GUGUGUUGUUUGCAUUAUACUCCUUCACUCUACUUCCACAGCUUUAUAUCAUCUUCUGCCCCCUUUCACCUUUUUGUCGGUCUCCACCACCACCACCGCCGCCGACACUGCUACCGCCGGUCAGUCACCAACACCACUACAGCCACAACCACCAGCAAUUUAUAUCACAUUUCAGGUAACGUGUAAUAUGGUUUACAUCGGCCAAGAUUUGAUAGGGUAACUUGAUAAGGUUUAAAACUUUAAAUCGAGACGAGAAAGUUCCAAAUUGGAUUCGUUGAGAUGGCUGCGAGUGUUUGUUCCUCGGAGGAAGACAACAACCACAACAAUAUCUCUAGUAGUAGUGGACGAUGCUGUGAGGAGGAGAGUUACAGUCUUAGUGCUGACAUCAGUGAGUCUGAGAGUUCGAGCGGUUUCUCCGGCUGCCGUUAUAACGAUGGCGCUUCUUCUAGUUCAUUGAAAUCGUCGUCGUUCGCUGCUUCUAAUUCGGUUUCCCGCAAUGAUUCUAUUUUCCCGAUGCCGUUCACAUUCCCGCUGAUUAGCGGAUGCGAUGACGUUAUGAUUUGGGACAAGAAGAAUCCUCAGAAACAGCCUGAUGCCGAUUUAUCUGAAAUCGAUAUGAUGAAGGAAAAGUUCGCUAAGCUGCUGCUUGGAGAAGACAUGUCUGGAGGGGGAAAAGGUGUCUGUACAGCCCUAGCAAUUUCAAACGCCAUAACAAAUCUGUCUGCCUCUGUAUUUGGGGAGCUAUGGAGGUUGGAGCCAUUGGCACCUCAAAAGAAGGCAAUGUGGCAAAGGGAGAUGGAAUGGCUUCUAUCAGUAAGCGACUCCAUUGUAGAUUUUGUUCCUUCAAUACAACAAUCUCCAUCUGGUGGCUCUUAUGAAGUAAUGGCAACACAACCAAGGGCAGAUCUGUCUUUAAAUCUUCCAGCUUUAAAGAAGCUCGACUCCAUGUUAAUCAGUAUGUUAGAUGGGUUCCACAAUACAGAGUUUUGGUAUGUUGAUCGAGGCAUAGUUUUAGCAGAAGGUGAUGAUCAUGAAGCAUUUCCUUCUAGAAUCUGUGGUGGAAGACCUUCAAUUAGACAGGAAGAAAAAUGGUGGUUACCUUAUCCAAAAGUCCCUCCCAAUGGAUUAUCUGAAGAUUCUAGAAAAAGAUUACAACAGUGUAGAGAUUGCACAAACCAGAUUUUAAAAGCAGCUUUAGCAAUUAAUAGUAAUGUUCUCUCAGAAAUGGAGAUUCCAAAUGCUUACGUGGAAUCCUUACCCAAGAGUGGAAAAGCGUGUUUAGGUGACAUCAUCUAUCGCUACAUAUCUGCUGAAAAAUUCUCUCCCGAAUGUCUUGUUGAAUGCUUGGAUUUGUCAUCUGAGCACCACACUUUGGAAGUUGUGAAUCGGGUUGAAGGAGCAAUUUAUGCAUGGAAGUUGAAAGGUCACAAAAAGAAUUCAAGUCAUUUGAAACAAAAGCACUCAUCAUGGAGUGGGAAAGUUAAGGGAUUUGUUGUUGAUGGUGAUAAGAAUGGUUAUUUAGCACAAAGAGCCGAGUCAUUACUUCAUAGCUUGAGACUUCGGUUUCCUGGCCUUCCUCAAACUUCAUUAGACAUGAGCAAAAUUCAAUAUAACAAGGAUGUGGGGCAAUCGAUACUCGAAAGCUACUCAAGGGUAAUGGAAAGCUUAGCAUUCAACAUAACUGCAAGAAUCGAUGAUGUCAUCUUUGUAGAUGACACAACGAAGCAAUCUCUGACAUCGAAAUCUCUAUCGACAUUCAACCGAGGGGGUCUUGGGGGCCGCCCAAUUCAAAAGCGAAUGUCCCCGAGCCCGUUCUCAAUCAACCACACGCCGUACUCCUCCCCAUUUGCAACCCCAACGUUUUCCACAUCGCCAACCCUAAUUCGUAGCCCUACAAGAGCACCAACACCGAUCAACAAUAGCAACACUGAGACCUGUAAACUUGAAGUCCCUAAGCCUCGGGACCUUGAAAAGCUAUGGACGUUUGCGCAAAAUGUGAAUUCGGAAAGUGUAACGGAAAGAGAUUGAUUGGGGG